CGAGCGCCAUAGUAGCCAAACCAUUACCAUGGUAUCUACUCGCAGUGUUUACAUACAUACUGCUAUCUGUGGGUAUUCUGUGCAGUUACUGUUAACGUAUCAAAAAUCCCUCGGAUCGUCUAGACUAGCAUCGACUGGGGCUCCAUGUGUGCAGUAGGGUGUCAAGGAUAACUUGACUGUUGCAAUGUCGUACACUACUGCACCGCGCUUGACGGUCCGGUAACUAUGGCCACGGUUCUUGCCAGACGUGCAGAUGAUUUGCGAAACACUGCUACUUUUGGGGUAUCUUCCCCGAAAUAUAUGAGGCCAGGCUCGCUAUUAUGAAGUUGUCGAAACAUAUCCUUGUAAGCUCGAGCAACUGUGCACGGCACUCGUGGUCCCUGGCAUAGGUCGUAGCACAUUGCGCAAGCGUUCGACACUAUUCACCUUGAUCAUCCACUUCGUUGCUCCCCGGUCAAGAGGGAGGUGGCAACCCCCUGCGUUCUACAUCUCCAUUGCGAACGAGACCAGGAGAACGAUCUCCUUAUAAACCUCAACGUUGGCCCCGCCAUCUGAAAGUUGACAUAAUCCAUUUUGUCUGGUGUUUUCAAUUUCACUUCAUGGCUAUAAGCUUACUACGCUGCAUUGCCGUAUGACCCAUUGACCGAGGGAAACCUAUUCCAUGAACGGUAUGGAGGCGGAGCCGUGGGUGCUAUUGUCGUUGGGAACAUUCUUCGUUGUGCUUCGACUUUAUGCGCGAUGGAGUAAAGUUGGAUUCCGAAACCUGGAUUGGGAUGACUAUCUCAUGGUAGUGUUCGUUAUUGGUUUCGCAGGCGAUGUUGCUCUAGCCUAUACAGUCGGCGCACUCUUCGAUGGAUUGACCAACAGUUAUAUGACCGAUGCAGAGCGUGCAGCACUCUCUCCGUUAUCAUCAGAAUACGAAAAACGACAAUGGGGUUCCAAGAUCCAGGUAGCGGGCUGGACCCUCUACGUAUUCGACAUAUGGUGCAUUAAAUUUUCCUUCGCCGUCUUUUUUAGCCGCUUGACAUCGGGAGUUCCCCAUUUGCGUAUGCGGGUUCGUAUAGCAUAUAUUUUACUCAUCGCUACCUAUCUGUUUGUGACGAUAGGGCUGCUGGUGAGCUGCCAGCCGUUCCAUCAUUUUUGGCAGAUUAAUCCGAAUCCUGGAGCAUUAUGCCAACCGACAAAUUCGCCAUUCUAUGUUUUGGCAGCCCUGAUUUCAGAUGUCGCCACCGAUCUCUACUUGGGUUCGAUCCCUUUGUCUCUCUUAUGGGGAGUACAAAUACCUUUGAGGAAGAAAAUUAUAUUGCUAGGACUUUUUGGCGGUUCUAUCUUCAUUAUCGUAGCCGGUCUCAUUCGAGGAGUGGUUAUCCUAACUGCUGGCCCGGAAGGGGCUGUGACGGGAAGUCAAUGGGCAAAUCGCGAGACGUUCGUCGCCGCCAUCAUCGGAAACCUUCCUGCUUCCCAACCUUUGCUCCGAGCUUGGGCUUCCAAAGUCGGCCUAAGUGGCAUAUUCUCUAGAUCUGAUCCUACUAAGGGCCAAAGUCACCCCUUAAGCAGUAUGGAUCAUACCAAGGAUAGAAGAGUGGCCCCAGUCACAUACUACAACGGAACUGCUUGGGCAAGCGACGAAAGAAUCGUUGAAGACACGAGCGGUGACUCGAUCGAGCGGUUCGACCAUAACUCGAAAAACAUUAUUGUUACACAUGACCUGACAGUGAAAUCAGAAUCUUUAGAUGGCAAAUGAGCCUGGCUCCGGGGGUAAAUGUAUUAUAUAACACGAAACCUGUUUUUCUAGCGUACAACAUACUACAACAACUCAUAUAUAAGGAUACGGUUAACGAAAAGUUAUUGGUAGCCUAUCUAAUUCAUUAAUACUAUAUAUAUAUAACAACAA